GUGGGCAAAAUAGGAAGUUCGUUGCGGUGAUGUUAUGUGAUAUGUAAUAGAACCUGAUACUAUUGGCUUUAAGCAAUUGCGUUUAAAUUACGUGAAUGAGUUGCAGCAUAUAUAUUAAAACAGAAUUUAUUAGUAUCGUGGUGUUGGUGGAUACAUUCAAUUAUGUUUAAAUUAGUGUAUACACCUUCACAUAUCCUGCAGUUGAAACCGAAUUGAAUAUCGGAAUUGAACGAUAUUGAUAGCCCUUACAGUAAAAUGUAAAAAUGAAAUAAAAGUUUCUUGAUAGAAGAACAUAUACUGUGGAAUAUACAGAAUUUAAAAAGCCUAUCACACAUUGUUUACGACACAACGAGAUCAGAAACGUGUAUCAUACUUGACGGAUUAUAUCGAGAGUUAUAAAAAACGGAAUAAUUUGUAUUCGACGUCAUCAUCGUAAUUUUAAUAUUGUUAAUAACGAACAUACACUCAAUUUAAAUGCUGGACACGUGACUUUCAGUGAAUGUGUUAGUGAUAUACACUUUGUACGGAAAAUGUCGUAUACAGUGUCGUGAAUAUGUCGCAGUCAAGUUAUACUCCAAGCAAUAUUACUGGAACUGAGUUUUUGGAAAAUAGUGGUUCAACAUUAAGUAUGAAAAGCGCUUGCUUAUUGGGAGGAAAUGAGACGAUAAUUGCUAAUUGCCAAUACGAGCGUACCCAGACAAACGAGAUUAGCGUGGAUACAGGAAAUAUUGUUUUGGGAGUGUUCUUGUUUUUCAUCGCCUUCAUGACAAUUAUGGGUAAUAUACUGGUAUUUUUCGCCGUGAUAUUUAAUCGGAAACUUCGGACCGUGUCCAAUUUGUUCAUAACGUCGUUAAGUAUGGCGGAUCUGCUGUUAGCUACAGUCGUCAUGAUUCCCGCAACUUUGAAUGAAAUAUUCCAACGAUGGAUUAUGCUUCAUUCUUUUUGUGUGGUGUGGGCCGGAUUUGACGUCAUGCUCUGCAGUGCUUCUGUCCUUAACGUGUGCCUCAUUAGCCUGGAUCGUUACAUUGCUGUCAUGUCGCCCCUUCGAUACAAGGUUAUUGUAACUUAUCGCCGGGCUCUCGGAAUGAUAUUCGCAGCUUGGAUUAUAGCUAUUUGUGCGUCUUUCAUCCCUCUAGGGACAGGAAUACAUAAUCCAGACCUUCCGUCUUUAACUAAUCUUACAUUACUUGCUGCCACUCCACAAUGUCUUUUUAUCCCAAGUUUGACAUUUGUGUUAAUUGCAUCCACGGUUACAAUUCUUCUGCCGAUAAUCGUUGCGUUCGUGCUUUAUUAUCGUGUGUCAAAGGAAGCCAAACGACAGGCAUGUUUUGUGGGCAUUCUAAUAACCCCGAGCAACAUGCUGUUGGGUACAAAGGUUGCGAAUAAACACAUCCGGGAACCAUUCACACGGAAGGCAACGGUAACCCUGGGGAUUAUUGUUGGAGCAUACGUCGUGACAUGGGCACCAUUCUUAAUAACAAACAUUCUGGACGCUUGUUGCAGAUGUGUACCUGUAAAAGUAUUCGGCUCUUUUGUGUGGCUCGGUUAUUGUAAUAGUUUUAUUAAUCCUAUCAUCUAUCCAUUGUUCAUGCGAGACUUUCGGAAAGUAUACUCCACAGCAUUUUUUGGCCUGUGCCCUUGUCUUACGUUCUUACAGAAAUUCAAACGCGACAAAGUUUUUUACCGCACUUCUGUGGAUUUUCAGGUUUCUAAUCGCUCGCCCAUGCCCUUAUGUGAAGACAAGAUGUAAUAUAUGAAUGAGUCAUAAAUCAGCGCCAUACACUCUUCAUUUGUAUAGCUGUGUUCACGCGGACACUCUCUGCUUUGUUCCUACUGUAAAUGUAUGAAUACAUUGCAAUGUAUGCAUAUUUAAGUACCAUAUUCUAUUUAUAAUUCAUACUAUUGUUGCAAUCAAUAAGGGAAAACAACUGAAAAAGACACACAUAGAUCUUGUUGAUAAGUUUUUCACAUAUACUUUAAUUAUAUAUCAUGAGCAGCAAGACUAAUAGGCGCUUUUAUUGUUUCUACUGAUAUAUUUUCUUCAAGGUCCCAAGAAAAGUGCAAACACUCAAAUUGGCAAUAAACAUAAAAGAUAGCAAUUAAAACCUUAUAAUUCUUGAAUAUUAUUUAUAUUACAUUCAAAAUGAAAGUGGUUUAAGUUGUGAAAUCCCUUUAAUAUAUAAACACUUUCCCCUAGUAAAGUCCCAGUUCUCCAUUGGCAUAUAUGUAUAAGUUCAUGGAAAAAGUCAUUAAAAUUCUCGACAAACUUUUAAAUUAUUUAUAUCUUGAUGCCGUGAUUCGUGUUUCGACUUAAAACCAUCUUGUACAUUAUGGCAUGUAUGAAUGUGUUAUUUUUUUCGUGAAUAUUGUAUCGUAUAUCUGUAACAAGACGUUAUCACUGUUUGUUGCUUUCUUUUCAUUUGCUUUUAAACAUUAAAACACAAAUAGCAUGGAUCAUAACAUACAUACAAGUUAUUUUCAUUCUGAAUCUGUAGUAUUCAUUGCUAUUUAGAAACGAUUAAUGUUUUGCAAAAAUAACGGUAACAAUACUAGAUAACAAUGUUUAAAAUAUAAAUUACAAUUAUUAUUCUGUUCCGGUAUUCGAACCAAACCUGUUCGUUUAAAAGCCGAUAUGCUUCCUUGUCAAAGCACUUGGCUGAUGCAACGGACAAAUUAUUUAGCAGGUAAAAUGCAUGCCACCAAAUGCUGAUCAAUGAACGUGACCAUGGGGCGAAUACAUGAAAUUCAGUGCGUAAAAAUAUAAAGAUAAAACAAUCAACCAUCGUGUAAGUGACAGUUGAGUAUAAUCGACUAUAUAGCUAGUUAUAAAGAAUGAGUUUUAUUUACAAGUGAAGCGGUUUUCACAAUACUACGCGUUUCAUGACAAUAAUUAUGUUCUUCUAGCCUUAUUAUACUAUGAUAAAUGAUAUCAAUGUCGGCUAUGAAGUUUUGUGUACAGCUUUAAAGAAGUGAUAAAUAAAAAAAAAAGACAUUCUAAUAGGUUCCAGCACACUCGUAAGUUUGCGAGGUUUAUGUUAUUUACUUUGUUAAAACGAUUUUUAUAGGGUUUGUCUUAAUAUUCUUAGCUGUUGAUUUUCUUAUUUGUUUAUGACGUAAACCAAAAGCUGUGAUGCUUAAUUGCCCACAAUAACAGGAUAGCUACAUGCAAAACUCUUGCCCGUGAUUAAGAUUUUUGAACCGGAGAUAUAACAAGAAAUGUCACCAAACAAUGCAAAUAUAACAAUUCCAAUGUCAUUCGUUUUUUGCAAGAUAUCGGCUUAUCCCGUUUCUUGCUGCACCUUAUUACUUACAGUAUG